GAAAAAACAAAAGCUCAGUAGAUGAAAAAGGCUUUGGCGGUGACAGGAAAUGAAGGAUUACGGGGGAUCAUUUUGGACAGCUUUAAAUGUUUUUUUUAUCUUGUCUGGUGGAGAACAAAUCCAACCACGCACGCAAGCAAACCCAAAGUGUGAUAAAUGUGUUGCGUAAUAUCAUCCUGGCUGUGAACGUGGUCGGCUUUCGUUUUAACGGUGGCGCCGCCGAGUGGACGUGUUGAGCCAUUGCCACUGCACGCAAACUCCCCAGCCACUUCAUUAGGUACGCCUGUAUGGAUAUCUUUUGAAUAGAUGAUUUGAUAUCAUCAAAUCUGAUCAUUUCAGUUGUAACAUUAAAAAAAAAAAAAAAAAAAAAAAUUGAAUAAUUAUAUAAACAACAUAACUUAUUUUUUUAAUAUCUAGAUUACUAUUUUCUACUUUUUCAUGUUUUAAAAUAUAUAUUUUUCUCUAUAUGCUGUAGGGUAUACUUAUAUUUUGAUAAUUCAAUAAUAAUUAUAUAAUACAAUUAUUAUUGCGGUUGCCUUAUUUGAUUGAUAAAUGACAAAUACAAUAUUGUGACUAAUACUAAUAUUGAACAAUGUGUCAAAUAGAACAUCGAAAUAAAACAAUACAAAAAAAGAAUGAAAUGAAAAUGAAUACGUAAAAUUGCCUUUUUAAUAUUGUAAACAGAUGCUAAAAAUAAAAUCAAUGAAAUAUACGAUUGCAAUGUAAUAAACCAAAUGUUGCGGCUAACGUGUGUAAUGCUAACAUGAAAUAUAAUGCGGCGGUUUCUUUUCCUCUUAUUCAACUUGCACAACAAUAGCCGCGGCACUGCGCAACAUCUGUCGUUAUUCCCGGGAUUAAAAGCCAAAAGCCGCAGCGCAGCUUUCCCCGUCGUUCCGCACGCGCGCAACGUCACGUGAUCGGCAUUUUCCCGCUCAAAGACAACAUGCUGUUCUUUUGCGAAGCUUAAAGGCAACAGGACAUUUGUCGCGGGCUCUAAGGGACGACCCGGAGGUCAGGUCGAUGAACACGCUCGCUUCCCGCUUCUCCGGAUGAAUCCCAAAGGAGCUUAUACGCCGCCGCGCUAAUAUCCCGACGGCUUUAAACUGGCCAUAAGCGCGCUAGCGGCCUGGCGCGCGGGACAAAAGUUUCUCGUUCGGGGUCGAAGGCAUCCAGAAAUGAUUCCCACCAAGAUUUUAGCGUACAAGGGGCCCGACGGCGGCUCGCAGACCGCGUCGGCCGCCGGGCGGCGGAAGAAAUCCACCGGCGAGCUCUUCCAGAAAGGACACCGGGUCCGCAACGGCCACGACAAAGACGAGCGGGAGAACGAUCGCGGCUCCGGUUUGGCUUCCUCCUUGCGUGCCGUCUCCUACUGGGGCUUGAGGUUUUUAAGGGCCUUAAGGUUGAUUCAGUUCUCGGAAAUUUUGCAGUUUUUGAAUAUACUCAAGACGAGCAACUCCAUCAAGCUGGUCAACUUGUGUUCCAUCUUCAUCAGCACGUGGCUGACGGCGGCGGGCUUCAUCCAUUUGGUGGAAAAUUCCGGAGAUCCCUGGGAAAACUUCCAGAAUUCUCAGGCGCUGUCGUACUGGGAAUGCGUGUACCUGCUGAUGGUCACCAUGUCCACGGUGGGCUACGGCGACGUUUACGCCAAAACCACCCUGGGACGACUCUUUAUGGUCUUCUUCAUCCUUGGCGGUCUGGCCAUGUUUGCUCGCUACGUGCCAGAAAUUGCCGCUCUCAUCCUAAAUCGGAAGAAAUACGGAGGGAGUUAUAACUCGACCAGAGGCAGAAAGCACAUCGUGGUGUGCGGCCACAUCACGUUGGAGAGCGUCUCCAACUUCCUCAAAGACUUCCUACACAAGGACAGGGAUGAUGUCAAUGUAGAAAUAGUUUUUCUCCAUAAUAUUUCCCCUAAUCUUGAGCUGGAAGCCUUGUUCAAACGUCACUUCACCCAGGUGGAGUUCUACCAAGGCUCUGUCCUGAACCCUCAUGACCUGGCCAGAGUCAAAAUUGAAUCAGCCGAUGCCUGUUUGAUCUUAGCGAACAAAUACUGCGCCGAUCCCGAUGCUGAGGACGCCUCCAACAUCAUGAGGGUAAUAUCCAUCAAGAACUACCACCCAAAGAUCCGCAUCAUCACUCAAAUGUUGCAGUAUCACAACAAGGCACACCUGUUGAACAUCCCCAGCUGGAACUGGAAGGAGGGCGACGACGCCAUCUGCCUGGCCGAGCUCAAGCUGGGCUUCAUCGCUCAGAGCUGCCUGGCUCAUGGCCUGUCCACCAUGCUGGCCAACCUCUUCUCCAUGAGGUCCUUCAUCAAGAUCGAGGAGGACACAUGGCAGAAGUAUUACCUGGAGGGUGUCGCCAACGAGAUGUACACCGAGUACCUGUCCAGUGCCUUUGUGGGCUUGUCCUUUCCUGUUAUCUGCGAGCUGUGCUACGUGAAGCUGAAGCUGCUGCUGAUAGCCAUCGAGUACAAGUCUGAUCAGAGGGAGAGCAGCACGCUCAUUAACCCCGGCAACCACGUGAAGAUGCAAGAGGGCACGUUGGGCUUCUUCAUUGCCAGCGACGCCAAAGAAGUCAAGCGGGCGCUGUUUUACUGCAAAGCAUGCCACGAUGAUGUCACGGAUCCUAAACGCAUCAAGAAAUGCGGAUGCAAGAAAUCUAAAAACACCUACAAUGGAUACAUCAAAUCACUCGAAGACGACCAGCGGUCGGUGCUGUCGUCUAAAAAAAAGCAGCGAAACGGAGGCAUGAGAAGCUCCCCCAACUCCUCGCCAAAGAUCAUCAGGAACGACCCGCUCCCCAUCUCCGUCAACAAGCAGAUGGAAAGCGUGGACAAGAACGUGAAGAAGUACGACUCCACGGGGAUGUUCCACUGGUGCCCGUCCAAGGACAUCGAGAAGGUCGUCCUGACUCGCAUCGAGGCGGCCAUGACGGUGCUGAGCGGUCACGUGGUGGUGUGCAUCUUCGGUGACGUCAAGUCGGCGGUGAUCGGCCUGCGCAACUUUGUCAUGCCGCUGAGGGCCAGCAACUUCCACUACCACGAGCUCAAGCACAUCGUCUUCGUGGGCUCGCUCGAGUACCUCAAGCGUGAGUGGGAGACGCUACACAACUUCCCCAAGGUCUCCAUCCUGCCUGGCACGCCGCUGAGUCGAGCCGACCUGAGGGCUGUCAACAUCAACCUCUGCGACAUGUGUGUCAUCCUGUCAGCCAAUCAGAACAAUAUUGACGACACGUCGCUGCAGGACAAAGAGUGCAUCUUGGCGUCGCUCAACAUCAAGUCCAUGCUGUUUGACGACAGCAUCGGCGUCUUGCAGGCCAAUUCCCAAGGCUUCACGCCGCCAGGAAUGGACCGAUCGUUCCCGGAGAACAGCCCGAUCCACGGAAUCGUGCGGCAGACCUCCGUGACCACAGGGGCCAACAUUCCCAUCAUCACCGAACUGGUUAACGAUUCCAACGUCCAGUUCCUGGACCAAGACGACGACGACGACCCCGACACGGAGUUGUACCUGACUCAGCCGUUCGCCUGCGGCACCGCCUUCGCCGUCAGCGUGCUGGACUCCUUAAUGAGCGCUACGUACUUCAACGACAACAUCCUGACCCUCAUCCGCACGCUGGUGACGGGCGGCGCCACCCCCGAGCUGGAGGGCCUCCUGGCGGAGGAGAACGCCCUGCGCGGCGGCUACAGCACGCCGCAGACGCUGGCCAACAGGGACCGCUGUCGCGUGGCCCAGCUGGCCUUGUACGACGGGCCCUUCGCCGACCUCGGGGACGGCGGUUGCUAUGGCGACCUGUUCUGUAAAGUCCUGAAAACAUACAACAUGCUCUGCUUUGGCAUCUAUCGGCUACGUGACGCGCAUCUAAACAUGCAAAAUCAAUGCACCAAACGAUACGUCAUCACCAAUCCGCCCUACGCCUUUGAGCUGGUGCCCUCCGACCUCAUCUUCUGCCUCAUGCAGUUCGACCACAACGCCGGCCAGUCGCGGACCAGCCUCUCGCACUCCUCCGGCAAGAAGAGCUCAUCGGUGCACUCCAUCGCCACCAUCAACCGAGGCAACCGAAACAAGAGCAGGGACCCCCGGGACAAGUUAAAAAAAGACGUGGUUUACAGAUGAGCAGCGGGGGGCCACGCACCUGAGGACCACGCACACCAAGCCUGUCAAUACGCACGCCGCCGCUUCCAACCACCACGCUGCUCCGCACACACCCGCCGGCUGACCCAAGGCGCCCAUCCGAGAAGCACAAGACGAACGCUGACGCCGGCGACUUCGGGACUCCUCCGAGACGACGAGGAAACAAACACACGGAGACAAUCAACUAUCAACUGCUGUUGCAUUCUGGGAAAUGAAGUCACAAGACGAUUGUCUGAGCACCAAAUCAAAGAUGCCUUGCCAGCUCUCGACGAACGGCAUUCGCCGGCGUUUCCGUGGCGGCGACCGACUUCGCCGUUCGGCGCUUUGUUCAAAACAUUUGUGACGGGUGUGAUGUCCACCCACACAAAGCCCCCUCACACCCCGUACAAAAGCCGGCAUUCCCCCCCGUCCCCCCAUGUUCUGUAGGCGCCGACGUGGAAUGGUGUGAAGUCGAUUUAGGAAUGAUGAGUUUCAAAGCCGUGACGCCCACCUGACUCUGAGGCAUUUGGCUGCAAGCCUUACGUUGUCUUCUACUUCAUCAGAAAUAUUCGGGGCAACCCCCUCUGACAAAUUUUUCUUCCAAAUAUGAUAGAGCUGUUUUACAACCAAAUCCAAAUCUAUUUAAAGCCAUAUAUCACAUGAAGUGGGCCUCUAAGUCCUCCUUUGGCUUGAAGCACUGCCCGACACAAGCCCCGCCCCUCUCUCGUUUCGACACAACGGAAAAAAAACCCAGCUCUAUCAUAAUCCUCCACCCGCUUUUUACAUCCCAUCCUUAGCACUCGUUACGCUAACGGGUGCCAGGCGGUGCUUCAGCUGACGGAGGACCUCCACAGGUGCCCACUGCUGCGCAAAGAGGCUUCUCGAAUGUUCUUCUCCCAUCGUUGCAGCUCGGAAUGUAUUUGGGGAAAAUUCUUUAAAAAAAAAAAAACACGAGGAGACCCCGAUGGAAAUCUCUGAAGCUUCAAGUGUGUUCGACCUCCUGUUUUGUGUCCGUACUUCUUAACUUGUGACUACGACAACCCAGUGAACAGCACAUUGAACCCCCGUUUACCGCGGGGGAUACGUUCCACGUCCACCAAAUACACGACAUAGAGAGACCACGUUUUACCCCUCCCAUUUGCAUUUACACUUACCACAAAUUAAAAAGUACUCCUUAGUGCCUGUUCCCACUUUCUCGCUGUCAAGAAAUGGGAUAACAUCACUUUGAGGAAAUGAAAAGAAGACUCAUUCAGAUAGUUCUUCAAAAAAGAGCUUCGAGCUGGUUGUCGCUCCCAGUUGAAGUUUCCUGUCAAAUUUACACAUUCAGUAAGAGAAUUAAACAGAAAAAUAUUCAACCAAAGUGUAGAUUAUAUUUUUAAUUAUCUUAAUUCAAAUUUGAGGUUCAUACAAGAUGCACGAUUAAAAUAAAGAAGAGAAAUACAAAUUUUGUUAUGCAGUGUAAAAUACGUCCUCAACAACUUAUGACAGUGUCUUAAGAAUGAGAAUGUGAAAUAACAUGAAAACCAUUUUCACAAGACAAUUAAUAGCAAAUGCUAUAGCAAUAACAACUGCUACUCUCCACAACACAUACAAACAUACUGACAGCCAGUUAUUUUUCCCUGCUCUGUGGGAACCGGAGCUUUUGGGGGACCUUCUCUGCCUUGCCACUCAAUGAUAGAUUCGGACUUUCGUGUAUCGUGUAAAAACCCAAUACAAGCGAUUUCUUAAAAAUCGGUGAUAAAGCAAAGGGCAGGAACGACGAAUCGCGACACGCACGGACGGUUUCACUGUACACUUGACUGUCAAGCACAAAACUUUUUUUUUUGUAUUUUCAAUUAAAUAAACACCUAUCUAUUGU